GAUUUGAACGUCUACAUCAUGCAGUGAGUUACCAUGAUCAAUGGGAUUUCUCGUAUUCAUAAAUGAGGCAUGGACAUGCAGAGUUAUUGUUUCGUCUGUAUUCCGAGCAUUAAGUCAAGCAUAAAAUGCUCGGAAACCGCAUUAAAGCACUCACUCUAGUCAUAAUUUGCAUGUCUCUCUCAUUCUCUCCCUAUCCUUACAGACUCUUCAUUCUCAGUGUUCUCGUGUGUAUCCACACAUUACUCGCUGAAUCCAAUGCCAGCAAGACAUACAUGCUUCAUUUGCGUUGGCUUCCAACACACUGUCUCUACAGAUAUUGUACUAUCUCGGAGAAUAUAACUAUGGAUAUUUCGAAAUUGAAAGCAUCACCUCACUUUGACUGGAUGGAUGGCGCAUGUUUACAUGAUCACAGCUUCUCGGAGCAGGAUAUUAAGAAAAUACCUGAUCUGAAUACUUACUGGACUGAUCCAUUUCAUGAUACUUACACAAACUUCUGGGUGUACUACAAUUAUGGAGCUUGCACAGUUAUGGGUUGGCAUUUAGGAGAAGUCUCAUCAGUAAAUAUCAGUGGAUUUUUCGUGGUCGCUUGCAUGUCAGUUUGUUGCAUGCACUUUCAGUUCCGUCAAUAUUCGAUGGAUGUGAAUAAACAGCAGCCGAAACUGCACAAAGUGAAGGUAAAUCAUGAACCAGAAUAG